CAUCCCCGCAAAUACAAGACGAUAUCACCAACCGGUGGAUAAGCACUCUGCAAUGGAAGAACAAAGCAUCAGAGCUCUCUUUGGCUCUGCAGAGCGCCAGAGGAAAGACAUUGAGGCAUCAUGGGACAGCAACACCGCAACAUACCAGCAAAACCUCGCCGCCGCGAUAGCAACCUACGAGAACUGUCUCCAGCUCGCCGACCGACUCUCGCUGUUCAGUCCCAAUGAGACGCUCGAGGAUCUGGCCUCCGGUGACAUGCAAUAUCUUCUGAUCAACUACCGCCUCGCAGACCUUAUCCAGCGUAUCUCCUCCCCUGACCGCAAACAGAUCCUCCAGCGGGCGCGAGACGCAUACGAGCGCUACCUAAACCUCCUCGACCACUACGAGAUCCUCUCCCCCGCCGACAAGAAGCUCUACAAUACGUACACCGAAUCACCGACCACCUUCUCCACAGUCUCGAGCAGCGACCCGAGCGUACGCCGCGGCGCCAAGAUCGCGAAUUUCAAGCUCGAGAAGGAAUUGAAGCGGAAGCUGGAGUUCCUGGAACAGUCCCCUGCCUACCUACAAAACGACGAUGCUGCCGUCCGCGAACUGCACCUCGCCAAUAUCGCCUUAUGCACACAUGCCACCUUCCAAGCUCUGGAGUCUAUAAACCGCGAGUUGGAGGUCCUUGCUAUGGCGCCUCCCCCUGCGGGUCCCACGCCGCAGGCUCUCGAGCGUGAUUACCGCGAGCGAGCCGGUCUGCGCGAUGGGUCUGAGUACUCGGAGCGUUUGGAUCGGAGGGAUGUGCUGUCAGCUGCAAACAAGGGGCCACUAUUAAGCUCAGGAGGCAAGCCAUUACGGCCCUUUACGUUGCUGGAUAGCAGACAGACGAUCAAAGAGGGCGUGUUCAGACCAGGGCAUAACUUGCCGACGAUGACGAUCGAUGAGUAUCUGGAGGAGGAGCGGGCUAGAGGGGGCAUUAUUGAGGGGGGUGGCGAGGCGAGUGGUAUCCCUCCAGAGCCGGAUGAGGAUAAUUACGAGAAGGCGGAUCAGGAGACGAUGAAGGCGAGAGAGUGGGACGAGUUUGUAGAGAGUAAUCCGAAGGGUUCGGGAAAUACAUUAAAUAGAGGAUAAUUUAAGGAUAUAUAAGUCAAGGUACCAUGGACAUUUCUUGCUGUGAUUGUGACUUGUAUGCAUGGAAUUUAAUUUAUUUUUUGCUGCUG